AUGGCGAGCACAAUCCUUCCACUCGAACUCGUAGAUCGAUGUAUCGGAUCCCCCAUUUGGGUAUUGAUGAAGAAUGAGAGGGAAUUUACGGGUACUUUGAUGGGUUUCGACGAUUAUGUCAAUAUGGUAUUGAAGGAUGUUAAAGAAUACGAAGUGACACCAGAAGGUAUAACAGAGACUGAACUCGGUCAAACAUUGUUAAAUGGAAACAAUAUAGCAAUGUUGAUACCGGGUGGAAAAGGUCCCAAAGCAUAA